GGAUUAACGAGGUCUCAACAUUCGUUCGAGAAUGUCUGGCGUCGGAUAAACGGCCGCGUCGAGAUUCGCUUUCUUCGUAGGACGUGAGUAUAUAAGGCCGUGCUGAUCUCUACCUUUCACAACCUGUAUCUCCAACAUCUCAAGCCAGCCUUCGAGUCCAGCAUUCAACAUCACUUCACUUCUUCUUUCUGGGCCGGUCCCUUUCGACACUAUCCAUAAUCACUUACCCGUCACCUUCCCAGCCACGUCGUUUCCCAGGACCCUUUUUGCCCUCCAGCGCCACCGCCAAAAUGAAGUUCUCCGCCGCCACCAUCUUCCUCGGCAUCGUCGCCGUCGCCUCCGCCCUCCCCACGAGCCCCGCCGUGGUGGCCCGACAGAACGGAAACCGCCCCGUGCCCCAGGGCACCUGCUGCGUCGCCAGCACCAGCCUCAAGCAGGACACCUGCACGGCCGCCAACGGCGAGACCGGCCGCUGCGUGCCCGGCGGCAACGACUGCGGCGGCAGGCUCAGCUGCGUCGCCCAGAGCGGCCUGACGUGCGACAACAGCGUCGUCGAGCGCGGCAGGACCCUGUGCCGCGCCAACGCCCCCGGGGGCGGCCUGCAUGACGGCGCAAACAUCAUCCAGAACCUGAGGGAGGCCGCUGCCAACUAG